AUGAGUAGCAUGAUCAAGAUGCCGCUCAAGUUGAGGUUGGGCAAGAAGAGUGGCCGCUACGACCUGAGUCAGGACAUCUACGUGCUGAGUGUGUUCGUUGGCGAUGUGCUACUGGUUCAGUGCACGCUGACUUCAGAUUCCACCGCCCAACAGUGUAUGGAGUAUCUGAUGGAGAAGAUCGACCUCACACAGGUCAAGUUCUUUGCUCUGCGGUAUCACAUGAAGUGCAACGACCCUGAUAAGCGGGUCAUGAGGUGGAUCGAGAUGGACAAAUCGUUGAGGAAGCAGCUUGAGAAGUGGGCCUGCAAGCCGCGGCAAGUCCAGUUGGCCAUCUUGUUUCACACUCCAAAUGUGUUCGCUUUGAGCGAUCCUACUGCCAGGUGAGUGCAAAUAUUGUACUAGAAAUGUCAUUAAAAGAGUGUUUAGCAAUACCUUUAAUAAUCGUUCUACUUCUACCAAUUUGUUUGGUACUAUACACCUGUUUAACAGUAUAACCCUCUAAUAUUCAUGUUGUUGUAGAUCUCUUUAUUACAAUCUUCUCAAACUUGAUGUUAUUAAUGGUAAAUUUGUGAUGGAUGUUGACAAAUAUAUUAACUUGGCCGCCUAUUCGAUGCAGGUCGAGUAUGGUGACUAUAACAGCGACAAUCAUACCAUGGAGUUUCUACGAUCUCUUCCUUUGUUACCUCAGGUAUUUUUCUAUGAUUGCCUUACUUGCUACAAUAUAUGUUGGUUUUACAGAGUAAAAUACUAUAAUAUUGUCUUAUCUAGCAUAUUUAGGAAUUUAAAUUUUAAAUUUAGGCUUAAAAAUUAAUUUUUUUUCUAAUUUAGGCCUAAAAUUAAACUUUUUAAAGAAUUAAAACAAUAAACAUCCAAUAGGUUACUGUAACAUUUGAUUUCAGCACUUUUUCCGCAACUCUCAACUGGUCGACGAAUUUCUGGUCAGAAUCUUGACGGUGUACGAGCGUCUGAAUGGGAUGCAGCCAUCGUACGCCGCCUUCCUUUAUAUCGUAGAUGCUCAACAGUGCGAAGGCUACGGCGAGGAGUUCUUCAAGGCCAAAGACGACGAAAGCACCGAAGUUCAAGUAGGCUACUCACCAGAUGGUUUGAUUGUGAAGCGAUGUCACUCCAACAAUUUAAAAUAUAGAUGGCAGGACAUCAAGGAUAUCACCAACGUCAAGAGGAUCCUCCAUGUCAAGUGCAAGGUGGAUGCUACGAAUGCUCAGUUUACUAUGGUAAGAUUUUUAUUUGUGUUGUAGUUUAGGUAAAGCAACUAUCUUAACACACUAAUGCAAUUUUGUUCUAUACAGGCUUAUCUAAAGUCAAAAAAACCCCUAAUGUAACAUUUUCGCCCUACUAUAACACUUUGAGUCUAUACCUACAUUUUAUAUUAAUUUACUUGCAGGAAGACCAAGAAGUAGCACGAUACGUGGUCCAAGUCCUAACCUGGCAAUGGCAGUACGCCCUGACAGAUGCUAUUCAGCACAAGGCCGUGCCCAUGAGUAUCAACAACCUCCAAGGUGCUAUUCGAACCUUUGGUGCUCCACCCCCUCGCCUCAACACCAAUGACAUCAUUCCAAGUAACAGUCACAGUCUCGACCUUACAGUAUCCCAGACCUCAUCGUACUGUCCUUCCCAACCAUCGUCCUCAAGUUCUGUAACCAGAUUCACUCCGUUCAUCAGCAGGAACCAGGCCUCAGCCUUACAUUCAGUCCAAUCGUUCCAACACAACGUGAACUCUGGCGUCAUGAACGUGAAUCGGAACCGUGCUGCCACUUCAGUGUCUACACAACAUCUUCCUACUCUAGUAUCCACACCUUCGUUAUCACAUAACACUCCCUUCGUGUCGCAGUACAGUAAACAGAGCAACGUCUAUCGACCGUCCAGCUCACGGUUGGACAAAGAGAACGUUAACACUCCACAAUUCGACUCUAGGUUGGCGGAGAGACAUAUCCUGAAGGAGAUGGUGAACCAACAACAGAUGCAACAAAAGGUAAGGCUAUUAGUUGGUAAUGAUGAUAAAUAGCAUAUAACUGACUACUACAAUAUGAUGACGAACUUAGUAGUUGAAGUGAAAUACUAUGAUUACAUGGUUGUUUAAAGUGUUAUCACAGGCUUAUUACCUAUAAUAAUAUUGCUAUUUCAGACGAUGGGCUCGAGCCCUGAGAUUCAUAUGAUUGGAACUAAUAACCUGAAGAACUACGGUAACUCUCACUUAAUGAGACGCGCCCAGUCCAAUGCUCGAGGCUUCCAAGCCAACAGAGUAAACAACUUUUCUGACGAAAAGGUAAACAUAUCUUACUGUAAUUGACCAUAUUUUUGUAUUUCGACUUUUGUUUAGGUCAAAAAGUACAUAGAAAAGCUAAAGAUUAGCAAACUUUUGCAACUUCUAAUCGAUUCUACAAUUUUUUUUUGUUUUUUAUAUUUAAUCCUCCCUUACUCUUCCAACACGCCCAUUAAUAACAUUAAAUUUUUUUUCAGUUCACCGGCCCAGGUCACGCCCUAAGCACCCCCGACCUAGCCUUAAAAUGGAUGUCCAGCCCUGACCUCAUCUCAACGGCAGUAGCCACUCAAUUGGCCGCCAUCAGACAACAACAAAACUCGCGAGCUCCAGUCAUGAACGUCGUGUCAGAACCCCCACACGCUUCCUCGACCUCAAGUGGAUCAUCUUCUGGCCGACGACUUCAUGGCCCACCUGGAACACCGCGUUUCAGCCAAGGCCAUGUUAUUUCUGGCACUCGACCCCCAGGUCAGUCCAUCACCUACCCCAUACCCGUUAUGAACCAGACUGGCUCGGCUAUGGAGCCACCCACUUACAGUCAGGCUUGUCACAAGCCCGUCCACUCACCACACCUAUUUUAUGACCCACACAGUUUGCCGCAGAGCUCUAUCGCUUCGUCUUCAUCAGCCGACUCGUAUGUUAGACAGUUGAAUGGGGAAGAAAGCGAGGGAUCAGAGCCUGGAGGGACCAGUGUCAACAUGGUAUGUUGGUUUUAUAGUUAUAUAUGGGUCUUUGUAGGUUUGCAGAAGGUUUUUAGUGUGAUUUGAGGCAGUAAGAAUUUGUUUAUAAUAGUUUUUUGUUUGAAAAUAGUGUCAAAGUACUUCUCAUUACUUCUAGGCUUAUCAUGCGAUGAUUCCAAGCCUAUUUCAACUCAUUUUUCUUAUUCUAUAUAACUAAAAGUCGGUAUUUCAUCGUUAUUCACCGUGAUUUCGACUGUGCUUUUCCAGCUUUUCACUGUCUGUUUUCAAUAUACGCACUUCAGAGGAUUAACAUGAAGCUUAGCAUACAUCCAGGUUGUGAGGUCAUGGAUUCUGAAUUCCAUUCUGAAAUCAGUUUUCAGUCAAAGAUUAGAAUUUCAAUAGUGUCACUUUUAAACAGCUCAAAGUGUUUUUUGGUAUCUGAUUUGUUAUGUUUUAUGUUAUUCAGAAACUACUGAAUAUAAAUAAUAUAAUAGUAGAUGGUGUUAUAUCAUUCAUAGGCAGCGGUAUGUCAAGCUUGUGAGGGAGAGGGAGAAGACAGUACUAUAAUGUGAGGAGUGCUUAAGGAAUCUGCCCUAAUUUUGAUCAAAGUAACUGUAUAGUUUAUAUAAAAUAGCAUAGUAUAGUAAUUUCGAAAAAAUAUUGAUGUCUUGUUGACCUUUCCAUUCACUUUUUGACCUAUCUAUUAUGCUAACAAACGGGAAAGCCUCUUUUGUAAGCUAUUGUAAUAUAAAAAAACUUCCUUUCCCCAUUUCAAAUUGUUUUUUAAGUUUAUUGAACAACACAGAUGAUUUUUCUCAACUUUAAACUAAAGUACUAUUUCUAAGCAUUGUUCAGUAUAACAUCUACUUUUAAUUACUGUUUUAGCAUUAAUUUGGUCGAAAAUUAAGCAGAAUUCUGACAAAAAGCCUAUUUUCAUUAAAAAACUGUUCCGCAAACUUUUUGACCAGAAAUCCUACAAAGUAUGAUACUUUAAUAGAAGCUAAGAUACUGUCGUGCAAUAUAUGACAUUAUAUUUUAUCAAACUCUGACCUAAAAGUUCAUAGAAUGCCCAUAUCUUACCCUACAUUGAUGUCCUCCUCCCCAAUCCCCCUCCCCUGCCAAAGCCCAUAGCUUUCACAAACACAAGAGAAUACGUAUCAUUUGACAACCUAUUAUAAUAUUACCAAAUGGCUACCAUUUGAUAAUAUUAAUACAUAUAUGUAUUCUGUUUGUCGCAUUUUGAUUAUUUUGUUAUUUCACCAUCGUAUGUUAUUAUAAUUGUCUAUUGUAAGUGGAAUACAUUGGACAUCUCUCUUCAGAUUUUUCAUUUCUCUCAUUGUCAUGUACAAUAUAUUACGUAUUUUGAUCUCAAUACAUCGUAUAUGAUAGACUUGAGGCUGUAUUACAUACUUUCUUCUUACAAUAUAAGCCAUCUUUAUGAUCAUCUUGACAUAAAUAAAGGAAUUUUGGCAUAAAAAUGGUUUAUAUCAAGCUUCACAUUGUAAAACCCCAAUCCCAAGUGUACAUUGGAAUCCAAUAUUAUAAUCGCUAAUCAGUUGCGAAAUGUGACAGUCGGUGACGGAUCGCCGCCUCCAUCACAUUAACAAGCGCUCUAAUCAGCUUCUGAUUGCAGGACCGCAGCUUCAGAAGUCCGUCGCCCGACUCCAAACCCAUGCGCCACGUGCUUCUGAACGGUGUAGCCAGGUCCGGUUCCUUGGCGACACAACCCAACAGUAAUGAGGAGAACUCCAACGAUAAAACGGUAAGUUGUGGGCUGAUAUUGAGGUAGAUUUUGGGCUUUCGACGAAUUUUAAGCCUGUUUUGGAUAUAAAAAGUCAUAUUAUCCAUGGAAAAUAGCUGAAUGUACCUUUUUAUACACAACUUAUCAUAAAUAAUGUUUUCAGCUCCAACUUCUUCGUGAGAAACUCGAAACCCCUCAAGGCAUCGAUGCUGAAUUCGCUGCCAUUCCAUGGAAACGUCUCAGCGCCGGCGUAUCGACUAGUCAACAUCCAGAGAAUCAACCCCGAAAUCGACCGGGAAAUGUGUUUCCGUACGAGGAUACAAGAGUCAUGUUAACUCCCACCAAACACAACUCAGAUGGCUACAUCAACGCCUCCAACGUCCAGCUACCCAUUGGAGACUACACGGCACGCUACAUCGUAUGCCAAGCCCCCAUGAAGUCGACCACCGACGACUUCUGGCAAAUGAUCUGGGAAUCUGGAGCUCGCCUCAUCGUGAUGCUCGUGAAUCCAAAUCAAGUCUCCAAAACAGACUCUAUUCCACCGUACUGGCCGAAGAAGUGCAAGGAGAAGAUGGCGUUGAACGACUACUUUGUCAAAAUGGUCAGCUCCUCCACCACCACCUUCCAGACGACUUCAGUGUUGACGUUGAAGUGCCUGAAGACUGGAGAACGACGAACGGUGUAUCAUCUGUACUGUGCCGACUUCGCCGUCGAUGGAGUUCCCUCUUCUGAAGCGUCAUUCUUGGCUUUUAUUGACGCUGUGAGUAGCUUGAAGCGACAGAUCGAGAACGAGAGGACCGUGGAGACGGAUUCUGGAGUUUUCUCCGUGCGUCAAGGGAAACCAGGAAAUCGACCAAACAGAGUAAGUUUUUAGCCGAAUGUCGAUGUCUAGAAGUCACAACUAAUCUAUCUCGUUAAAUCAAAGUAAAAUAUUACCUUCGCAUAGCCUAUAUGAUUAACCAUUUUCAUUCCAGAGUAACCUAACUGAUGUCACAAACCGAAAACGCUCCCAAUCAGCUGAUGGAGGUGGCUGGAGAAGGAAACUUCGGCUAGCCACAUCCUCAUCUCACACACCACCAACAUCCAAACAUACAUCACACAACUCUUCACAGAUUUCCGAUACCUCAGAUACCUCCGGCACCUCACAACCAGCUGAAUUGAACCCCGAUCCUCCUACUGUGGUUCACUGUACAGAUGGAGCUUCCGAAUCUGGAGUUUAUCUUCUCGUGGAGAGCCUGAUUCAGUCUACGGAGCAUAAUUUGGUAAGACUGCUCCUUUUUGCCAUUUUGUCUGAAAUUCAUACCUAAAAUAACGUUAUUGAACAAAUAACAAAAAUAACGAUCAGUAAAACAGCCUAUUACUAUAAUGUAGUUCGAGCAACAUUACACAAAUAUAAAACAAGCUUUGUUUCAGACAGUUGACGUACCCAACACUCUGAAAGCCCUGCGGCAACAACGCAUGUACCUGGUGAAGAAUGUGAACCAGUAUCGGUUCGCCUACUCAAUUUUGACCAACUAUUUGGAACAAUCUCGGUUGAUUUAG